AUGGUGGGCCUGGGCUGGAAGGUGGUGCGAUCGCACCUGCGUUACUCUGAAUGGCUUUUCGCAGGCGUCGUCAGCGGGCUGUCCUUCCUGUUCGGGAUGACCCAAGUCGUCUGCAACACGCUCGGCGUGUGCGGCGGCGGCCAGAGCUACCUGCUCACCCAGUUCACCCUGCACUCGCUAUGGCCGACGGCUCUGGUCGUGAUCAUUGCGACAAAUUUCAACAUUUUCUCCCUGCAGCGGCAGAUAUCCGAGGCCCUCGCCUCGCCGGAUACGAGCGGCCUGUACGCCAAGCACCGGGCCUACAGCUUCUUUAGGGGGUUCUUCCUGUACUUCGUCAUCCUGCCCACCAUGACCAACUUCCUACCCUGCACGUGCUGCCCUGGGACGAGCGCUGGGUCGUGA